AAGGCGACGCAGUGAACAAGUUUUAAGUUUAAUGUGGAUAAGGUUAGAGAUUGAUCUGGGUCGGGGCUGUGACUGUGAACAGGAGUAAGAGCAGUGUUGGGAGAGUGAAGGUGAACUCGUCAUUGUUGCACUGGUUCAAACUGCUGCCCCCUUGACCACAGUCUGGUCCACUUCGCCACCUGGAUUAUUCACGUGUGUAUGUGUGUGUUUGUUUGUAGGAGUUGUAGUGAAAGUAGGCGUGGUCAUAACGAUAUUAAUACUUGAGAAAUCAACCUUGGAGUGACUAAGGUCGUGGUAAUGUCGUCACUGAGUUUGGCGUACCCGUGGCUGGUGGACGCCUACCCUGAGCUAGUGAGUGGGUCUGUGGGCAACCCUCUGGCUGGCCAUCACCUGGGCAGUACCCUUUGGGGCAGCUUCGACUCCCUCUGCCCCAUGGCAUACCCACUCCCAGACUCCCUCUGUCUUGCCCCGUGCCUACAUCCUGGGAAAGGGGAGCCAGAGACACCCAACCAUGUGCUACUCAUGACCAUUCUCAAUCCCGCCUACCCCAUAACAGUGGAUGUGAUCCACACCAUAUGCCAGCCCUACGGAAACGUCCUCCGCAUCGUGAUCUUCAAGAAGAAUGGAGUCCAAGCCAUGGUUGAGUUCGACGGAAUCGACCCAGCCACCCGUGCCCGAGAGGGGCUACAGGGAGCAGACAUCUACUCUGGCUGCUGCACACUGCGCAUUGAAUAUGCCAAGCCGACCAAGCUGAACGUGUACAAGAACGACUCUGAGAGCUGGGACUUCACCAACCCCAACGUCGGGAUGAAGGAGCCCCAGAACAAUAGUGGUGGCGGUGGAGGUGGUAGUUCUUCCCGUCCUCCUCUGCUUCAGGAACCCCGUGGGUUUGGGAUGAAUGUCUCUCCCUUCAGAGGUGGCAUGAAUGGCCAGAUGGGUGGACCACGCAGCUCUGGAGGUCUCUUCAAUAAUCCCAUGCCAGACAGGUUUGGGCUGAACAAUGGCAUGAGCAAUGGCGGUCUUCGUGGUGGUGGACUAAUGGGUGCUGGUGGGCAAGGUCAGGGAGGGCCCUUCAUGGGUGGAGCUGGUGGUCCAGGAGGAGCAUCUCUCUCUGCCAUGGGCCAGCCACAGCCUGGACUUCCUCAGCAGGGUGCUGUACUCAUGGUAUAUGGACUUAACAAGGAUAAGAUGAAUGCUGAUCGCAUUUUCAACCUGCUUUGCCUGUAUGGUAAUAUUGUGAGGAUCAAAUUCUUGAAAACAAAGGAGGGAUGUGCUAUGGUGCAGAUGGGAGAUGCAUUGGCUGUGGAGCGUGCUGUUGCCAACCUGAACAACACGACAUUCUUUGGUUGCAAAAUGCAAUUAGGGUAUUCCAAGCAGGCAUUCCUAGCUGAUGUACAGCAACCCUAUGAUCUGCCAGAUGGGACCCCAUCAUUCAAGGACUACAUGGGUAACAAGAACAAUAGAUUCAUUAACCCAGAGAUGGCUUCCAAGAACAGGAUACAGCCUCCCUCAAAGAUUCUGCACUUCUUCAACACUCCUCCAGGACUGGAUGAAGAUACAUUGAAACAGGUGUUCCUUGAUGGGGAAGUUACUGAGCCCAAGAGCAUCAAGCUUUUCCCAUCAAAGAGUAAGUCUGAGAGGAGCUCUAGCGGACUUCUGGAGUUUGCAAACAUUUCUGAGGCCCUGGAGGCAUUGGUGAUUGGCAAUCAUGCCCCUAUCCCCAAUCCUAUGCCCACAGACAGCAAGUUCCCAUUCAUCAUGAAGCUCUGCUUCUCAUCUUCAAGACACAUCCCCAACAAGAUGGCUGAGUGAGGCUUCAGCACCAACACCAGCAGCAGCAGUAAUGACCCAAUGUACCUGGGUCAUUCUAGCUUUAUUGCUGCUCUAGUGACCUGCAGGGUACACCAGGGUUGUUGGCAGCCAGGCAGGGAAUAAUGGGGUUGUCAAUAUCUAUCUAAGAGUUGCUUACAGUCAUAGAUUGUGAGUAAUUAGUAGUAGAUAUUUAUAAUCACCUUGUGCUGUUCAUGACUCCCAGAGAUUAUUAAAAGCGUCAGUGGAAUUAUUAGUAAUCAUUGCAGUUAGUAAUAGUUUCUGGGAGUUGAAUAACAGCCAGGCAAGACUGCUGGCUUUGUGGUCAAGAGACGGUUGUUAGGGACGUUCUUGUUUCCCACCCAUCAGUGGUUGGGGGCCUAGUGUUUCUCUUCUCGCUGGACCCCUCAGGGACUCGUCACUGACAACGUCUUACUGGAGGCACGCAAAUCAUUUCAGGAAGAUUUUCUUUUAUAUUUACUUAUAUAUUCCCAUACUUACAUGAAAGCUAACAUCCUUUAUGCCAUUUCCAAAAAAUUUUAGGGUGGCAACCCCCAGGCAAGAGGCUUUUGAUGUUGAAAGGAGUCAUCUAAUUGUCCAUUUUUUUAGGACUUCAUGAAUUGUCAGUUGUUUUUGUGCUUUCUAAAUUGUGUAUGUGAAAUUUUGUGAAUUUAAAGACAAUUUAGUUCAAAUGGUAACCUGAAUUGGUGCAAAUGCUGAAAGUUGACUGUAUUCUUUUGUGUUUGCAUAUUAUCUAAUGAAAUAUGCUGUUCUUGACCCUUAUUUUUUAGAUGAAUAAAGUGUAAGUGGUCAUAUCUGUAAUGUUUUCCUGAGGAGCCCAGCAAUUGUCAUAAGUAGGAUAAGUGCAGUAUAAACCCUCCCUGAGUUGGAAGCUUGGGCAGUAUCUCGCUGUCCGUCCUACGCUCUCUUUAUAUGACCGUUAUCAUUAUUCUGAAUCGUAUUACAUGAGGAGGUUAAACUGGGUAAACUUAUGUAUGUGCAAGGGUAAAAUUUUAUUUGAAAUAAAGAAGGAUUAUUAAAGUUUUUUUUCUAUGCUUUUUAGCAUAAAGCCAUAUUUUGAAUACAGGUUGUCCUGUGAAGGAGCCAAGUGUAUUUCUCCAUGAUGGAGUUUACCCAGUGUACCCUAUAUGCUCAUUCAGUGGAAUGUACAAUACUGUUCAACAAUAGUGUGUUAUGUUUCUAAAAUUAUUCCAUGAUUAGGCACAAUAUUACUUUUGAACUGUUUACUCUAUAAUACUUAUCAGUUCACUGUAAUCUUUGAUGGAUACUGAUCCACUCAUUGGUAUGUUAAGUAUAGGUCACCAGUUAACUUAUAACAUGGAUCUUACCUGAUAUUAUGGACGUGUGUGUUAAUAUCAUGAUGUAGCUAACUAGAGGUAACUGGUCUUUGUUGCAAUAAUAGUCAAAAGGUCUGCCAUUUUUAAAGCUUUGGUUUAUUUCAAUAAGGCUGGUCCUUUCUAUUUGGCAUGGAUUGACGAGCAAUAUAGAAUCUGCUGCUAAAGUUAAUAAUGGCUAAUCUUUUGACAAUAGUCUUACACUGAUGAUGACCCAAUGUAAGUUAGUAGGAGGCAAUGUUAGUGGCAACAAGGAUACAUUGUUGGUAAAUGUAGGUGUAAAUUGGUAAGCUUUGGCAACAGGGCAGAUAAUGUGAACAAGCACUUGAUAUAUUUACAGUCCCAGCUUGUUACACUGCCCCAGUGUCAGAGCCUAAGUGUUUUAGAAUAGCAUUUUAAUGCUUUUUCACUUUCUCUUUCUUUCUUAGUUUAUUUUAUCUUAUUUUUAAGUAGAUGGUAAAAUGGUGUCGUUAUACUUAGUUGGACUCUUGAGCUAGAAAGCUCCUAGCUUAUGAUUGCAGCAGGACAUGACAAAAGCUCUGUCUGUCCCCUUAUUCAUACUCCUGGUUUAUGCCACACUAUUUGUUUUGCCUCUAACAGUAAUUCAAUAAAGUUUUGAGUGACCAAAUUAAAAAAAAACAUGCAGACAAGAAGUUCAAGCAAAGAUUUGAGGUGUUAGCGCAUAUAUUUGCCAACGGGUAAUCAUUCAUGUUUUGAUGUAACCAUCUCUUGGAAAAAUUUCUUAUUGGUGCAAAUCCUAGUCAGCAACACAAGGUACUUAAUUUAGGGCUUUAACAAUGGAAAAUCUAAGUUUAUUAUUAUUUAACAUACCUUUCACUGCAAGCAGAAAACAUGACAUUACACAUGACUUUUCUUGAACUUCCCAUCUACAGACAUGGCUUUCACUCACACACCCUCUACCCGCAGCCAGAGAAACAAGACUACAGUAAACUACAGAGCCAAAACACUGGGGAUAUUACAGCAUGUCUAAACAAACCCAGCUCAUUUCUUGUUAAGUGGGGAUUACUUAUGGAGAUUUUACUCAUGGCAGGGUUGAGUUUAGAAAUCUAUUUUAUUUAAAUUUUUUAAUUUUUAUUGUGUAUAGAACAUUUUACAAUUAUUUUUCUGGUACUAUAAUUGUUGUAUAUAAUUUAACAAGCAGCUUGCGUUUUUAAUGAACACGGUGAAUAGAUGAA